UUGUAACAUUACUAAUUGGUAACGAACUUGUGAAGCAAAGCCCAUAUGUUUUGUCUUGUCAGUUUUCGAGUCUAGAAUUCCUCAAGAAUACGUGAAUCAGUUUGUGACUUUGUCAUGAUUCAUACUGUUCAUUAGUUCAUAGCAUCAUACAAUGAUACAUACAUGCUCAGUCAUGUUGCUGUUUAUAGUUUAAAGUUGAAAAGUAAAACUAGAACCCAAAGGCGCAUCAUUCGAUGAAGCUUGAUCUAGAGGUGGUAGCAUCAACAUCAAUCAAGCGUAAAAAACCAUGGCCGCGUUUUAUUUGGCUUGGACUUGGACGAGAAGGAGAGAAAAACGAAAGUAUUUUCAUGGUGGAUAGACAGAGAGUCAGUACUUUGCACCUUCCAUCAGGACGCAGCAAGAAAAAGAUCCCACGAUUACAGCCACAUCUGUGUGAUGUUGUUGCAACAACUGACGUUAAUGGGUCCUUUUUUGGAGGUAUUCAGUAUAAUGGAGAUAUAUUUCUCUGGCAUAAGGACUCUGAUCAUCUUUGGUGGAUUAAAGGAAUACCAGAACUUGUUACCUACCAUGCACAGAACAAUCAUGAGGGUAAAGAAAAUAGAAGAAAAGGUUUUCCUUACCCUCGAAUCGCUAUCUCUUCAAGUGGUCAUAGAGUAGUAGUUGUAAUGGGAUUAUGUAAAACAUACAUAUGGCAAGGUGCUUCUGCUCCAAGACCUGGAACAACAACAAAAGGUUCUUGGCUUCCAGGAAACUGGCUAAACCUUCCAGAAGACUCUUCUGCACUCUUACCUAAUUCAGACUGCCGGGAAACUUUCAUUCAAGCAUCAUUUUUAUGUCAUUAUUUAUUGGGAGAAAUCUGCAUUAUUUCAUUUAUAUUUAAUUUUCAUGAGACCAUUUGCGUCACAUUUGGAGUAAUUCAUAAUCUGAAUCCUGUCUUAACAUCUUCGCCUAAGCCUUCUUUAGACAUGUUUUGGCACACAGUGCGUUUUCCAUUUCAUAGUAUAGGAAGUGAGUGCCACCCAAUCAGAAGAAAAGGAGCAUUUAUCACAAAGUUUUCACAUGAUGCAAUGACCCUUGGAGCUGCUGUUAACCAAUACAAAUCUGAAAGUUCUCAACUUUUGUUUAUUUCUCCUUUUUCUGGUUCUCAAAUCCCUGUAGAUCUUAAAGGUUGUGGUGCAGCACAACCAGUGUUGUCAUACGCAAGGAGAUACUGGAUUGCAGACCUAGCUUGGACAGCAGAUGAUGCAUACUUGGUUGGCAUUACCCGUCAGGGCUCACUAUGUAUGUUUACAAGACUAGGAGAAUUGUUAUUGCUGACUUCCUCUGGAUGCUCUAUGGACUUUGGUCCUUCUUACUUCAUAACUCUUCAUCCUUUAGUCACUAUGACAGUUAAAGAAGAAAGAAAUGAUAUGAACAACUCUAAUCAUCCCAGUGAUACCCUACAGUCCACUCUUUCUGGAGAACUGGUGCUACAGCAGAGAUAUUCUGUGUCUACACAUCCUCAAGAGUCAAUAAUCUUGGUGUCUGAUGGCUAUCUUGUAACAUGUUUGCAGAUACCCUGUUCAUCAUUUGGCCUCACUAGGGUCUUAACUUCUCUCCAGAUGCAUUGUCAUCAGAUGUUGUAUCCUGUUAUGCAUAAGUACACUGCUGGAAAUUCUCUUUUAAAUUGUAGUGCUCUCAAAAAGUCUGUGACUUUCUCUGAAGCAGAUUCUAAGUUCACUAGUGGAAUCCGUACACAUGUGCUUGAUAGUUCAGGAACUCUCUUGUCUAGUCAAACAUCCGAAUCAAGCCUUGAAGCUGAUUAUUCACAAACACCUGGUAUCUGGGGUGGAGUUAGUGGUUUAGACAGUGGGAAGAUAACAUUUGGAGAUCCUGCGACAUUCGACGCUACUCUGAGUGAAGCUGUUAUAAAAUCCACUUGCAUCGGAUGGGAGGCACAUAACGUUGCAGAAGGUUUGAAAACAUUGAUCACCAUAUGGGGAAUUCUAGCCUCUGUAGGUUGUCCUUGGACUGUUACUCUAGAGCAACAAGCAUGCUUUGUUGUGGACAUGCUUGGAAAGGUGUUUCAAUUUAUUUUAGACAGUGAUAUUGAAGCAAUUGAUGUUGCAGAAAAAGCUGUGAAGAUGAAUGAACACCCACUUGGUUUUCUUACAACACAAACAACUUUGUCUGCACUUUUUUGUAUCUUGGUGAAGUUUAUAAACAUGCUCUUGUUUGAUUCCGUCCAGUUUAACCUUCUUCCGUCCAUUCUUAAGCUUAUUAAUGCUACUGUGCAGCUAGUUUUGUCAUCAGAGGUGCUAAAAUCAGAAAUGACCACCAGUCAAAUAAUUCAUUCAGUUUUCAGUCUGCUAGAGUUUACUGAAGCUUUUGUCCAAGAUAAACUUAGCUAUCAAAGUCUUCCAUUAAUGCCUUGUCAUUGCAAUUGUAACAAUAAUGUUUUUUAUACUUGCCAUAAUUUUUACUUACCCUUUAUCAUACAUUCCCAAGAUGAUGAUAAUGAAAAAGUCACAAAUGAGUAUAUAUCCAGUCAAAGAAAUAAUGAUCAAGAUCAUUUAUUUAGAUGGGUGCUGAAAUCUUGGGAAUGUUUAUAUUCUGUGACUGUGAAGUACUAUCACAAAGCUACAGCUUCAACGCUAGGAGGAAAUCUGUAUGAGGAUGCUUUGAAGUGUCUGUGUCAGGUGCAAAAGCAUCUUCAAAACAGAAAAUUGCUACUAAAGAUUGAGAAAGGGAAGAUCCAAACUCUGAGGCCUAAAGAAGGUGGUUUCUCACUUCAUAUAAAAGGAAAACAUUCUCAAGCUAGAAAAUUGUGGAUGAAGAAGUUGUCUAAGCUUCUGAAAAAAAAGGAUAUGAGUGAAAAACAGCAGCGUUUGGUGAGCCGUUUUCUUCAUUGUAUCUUGUAUUCCCUUUUUAUUGACUAUCAAAUACAAGCAGCUACAGAAUACAUCAACAUCUUGCUUGCCAUGAGCAAUGGCUUUAGAGUGAAUAUAUGUUCUGAAAAAGAACAAGGUAUCUUUCUGACAGCAAACCAAGAAUAUAAAGGUGUCAUGAAAGUGGUGAAAUCAUUUGCUAUAUUUUUUGGAGCUUACUUUGUGAAUGAAGUACUAUAUGUUCAUCCUGUUCAUCAGCCUAGACCUCUUUCUUCACUCUUGUGUAGGAAAUAUGAAAACACAGGUGUCCGUAAGAUAUUUAUUCAUCGAGAAGAAGUUACAUCUCAUUUAACACGAGAAGGUUUGAGUGAAGUUUUAACCCCAAGCUACAUUGUUGAAUUACUGCUUCAAGUGGGCCAAUGGAGUGAGGCAGUCUGGCUGGCAUACAGAUUAAAUGAUUGGAAGACUGCUGUAAUUCUUUCUGUCACUUGGUUGGAUGGCCAUUCUCUUGUCCAUAAUAAGGAAGGAUGUAAAUGUCAGAUGUACAAAAUUCAAAAACUGUUUAUCGAAAUCAUUCGGACCAAAGUGAUGGAAUAUCUUACAGUUGAAGUUUGUCACCCAGGUGCUUUGAGUUCUGAAGUGAACUUGACUUCAAGCCCUAAGAAAGGAUCUCUUCAAGGUGUGUGGGGUCAAGCAUCAUCAUCAUCUUCUUCUUCUUCUUCAUCAGAAGAGCAGGUGACAGUUCUGAAAGAAUUAUUAAUUCCUACAGUACUUUGUGGACUACCCAUUAUUUCAGAGCUGUUAGAAGAUUUGCUAGACCAACUGUGGUCUGUUCUCUCAGGCCUUCCACUCCUAGUGGAUAAUAAUGUUCAUCUUCCAGCACCCCCUCUCUACUGUCCUCAGCAAGAUCAUAAAGACAAUCUUUUCAAUGGUUGUUGCGUUCAAGAGCAUGAAGAUCGACAGGCUUUAGCUCAUCUGAUCCAGUCUGUUUUGAUCUUGUUGAGAGCUGCUGGUAUGAUGAAGUUUGUGAUACAAGGCUACCUUGAAGACAUAAGACAGCUCUGGCAAGCCUUG